AUGACAGGUGACUCUACGUUGUUUCACACCUACACUCCUUGUCAUAACAAAUCCCGAAUCCGCAUAGCUGACGGUUCUUACUCACUUGUGGCUGGAAUAGGAGAAGUACAAAUGACAGGGAAUUUUUCUCUCGAUAAAGUCCUACAUGUUCCAAACUUGUCCUGUAAUUUACUUUCAAUUAGUAAACUUACUAAGGAUGAUAAAGUUCUUGCUGAAUUUUCUGCAAUUGGUUGUGUGAUACAGGAACAGAAAUUGGAGAGGAUGAUUGACACUACUAAAGUUUAUGAUGGACUAUAUAUUUGGAAUAAAAACAGUAUACAAGGGGGAUUGGCUCUAUCCACUGCAAAAGAUGACACUAUUAUGUUAUGGCACCCAUCUCAUCUUCAGGGGGAGAUUUUUAAUGAAGAUGAGACCCUUAAUACUCUCCUCAUUAUACCGCCUGAUCCUACUACUACUAUCACAGACAAACCUAUCCCAGAUUUAGUUGUUGUUUCCCCUAUACAGCAAGAAUUUAACACCGUCCUUCCCAAUGACAAUACCUCCAUCAAGUACAAUGACCACUUGAUCAAGGAAAACAAAAAUCUGAGUUUACUCCGACGAAAUCAUUCUCCUGAAACCGUCUGA